AGCCAAUGGGGAGGGAGGGCGGGGGCGGUCGCGGCGGGAGCGCCACCCCCGUGUGGCCCGUGCACCGCGCGGUGUCGCGUUUUGGGGGGCGGCGUCGGCUCGGGUUACCGGGCGCGUAACGGGACACCGCCGGCUGCGCCACCCCCGCGGCCGGCGGCUGCUCGCGGGGGUCUAAACAGGAGCAAUUUCCAGCCCCCAGCGGCCGGUUCCGCGGACAGGAGCGCUCAGAGGGGCAGGCGCGGCGCGGCCACCGUUACUGGGCUGCGAAGGAGCAGCGGGGACGAACGGCAAGAUUUUGAUCCAUGCAAUAGAAAAAGUGCUCUCUCCAAGCUGAGAAGCUAUGACAUCAUAUGCCAUAUAAUCAGGAUAUGGAGACUAUGAAAAAGGGCAAGCCAUCGGACUGGAUGAAAACCCCAACGAACAGCUCAUUUUUAAAUGAAUUAGACUGUAUCACAGACACAACUGAUGAGGAAAAUGAAGACUUACCUUAUGAUGGAGACCUAGGAAUAACCUGUCCACCCAGUAAUUAUUCAGAUAAUUUGAGUGACUGUACUUGUAUAAAACAUAUUUCCGAUAUUUUUUUAAACAUAUCCUGUUCUGAAGAUAACAAAAAUAUAAAAGCAGCAGCAAAUUAUGAAACUCAUCCACAACCUGAAGAAGUUUUCAGUUAUCAUACAUGCGCCACCAAAACAACUGGAAUUUCAGUUGAAAUGCCUGGCAGUGAAGCAUCUUUUAAGAAAGAAUUACCUGUGGGUGGUUUUAGCAGACCAGACAGGCAGGAACACCUCACUGACUCAAAAAUGUCCAAUGUCCUUUUGCGUCAUUUUUCUAAGGGAGAGUUAAUAACCACAUGCCCGUUAAUUGAAUGUGAGACUAUACCAGAAAUAUCCUUUACUGAAAGUAUUGAUGAAACUAUGAAUAAACUUGAGACUUCAGAACUUGCCAAAUGCCCUUUAUCUCAUGAAAAACGGACAACUAACUUUGAAGAGUAUCACUUAGAAAAGCACAAGAAAAUAAACACUGGUGAGAAGGAUCAAACUUUGCUAAACAAAAAUACAUUUGUUUCAAAGAGAUCCAUUUCUGCUACUUCUGAGUGUGGGUGCAUACAAGAAAGUUCACCACUAAUUAGUCAGAAUGAAGAUACACACAUCUUUCAUAACACUAAAAAAGAACAAAGAGAUCCAUUUAAGAGAACAGGUUCAUCUCACAAGCUCAAAUUUAGCCAAGGUCAAGUUCAUUAUUGCCUUCCUGAUUUCUCUAAAGUUGCUCUAGAAUUUAAAGUACCGAAAAGAAAUGACAACAAUAAAUCAGUUCCUAUCACUGAAAGGACAAAAACCUUCCCUAUUUUGCCAAGUAAAUCAGUAACUGUGAAUGACACUGAAGACGACAAGAACUAUUUUGAUUCUGUUGAAGUAGAGAAUCAAGAAGAAAUGACAGUUCCAGAAUUAUUGCAACAGCUAGAGCAGAUACUUCCUCAGUCAGAUUUUCCAAAUCCAAGUUUUGCCAUUUACUCAAGAGGCACUGACACAUCCUCUGAAGUCUUUGCAUUACAUGCUCCUAUUCCUAUGCAACCUAUGCUUGGUUUGUCUGAAGCAGGAUUACAGUGUGGGGCAACAGUAUCAACAUUACCAUCAGCUGGUACAGUAGAAACACACUGCCUAAAUCCUUCCAAUUUACUGCCAGAAAUAACACAAGGAAAAAAAAUGACUCAAAUACUAAAGGAACAAACAGAUCAGCUGAGAAUGAGAGUAGAAGACUUCUCUAAACAUAUGACCCAAGAGACAUUCCUUUUACAAGACAAAUAUCUGGUGUUAAAUCAGUUGAAAAGAUGCCUUGAUGCCCUGGAACAGAAUUAUUUAACUGCUAGAGAGGAGCACCGUAAUUUACAACUGCAGAACUACAAGGACAAGUCUAUCAAUGUUGGAAAGUUUGAUCCUGAAAGAAAGGUGGAAGGGGAAAUAUUUAGACUUGGCAUGCUGCUUGAAGACAUCCACGAACAGACUGAUGACCGCAAACGUGGCUUGUCUCCUUUGCUUACUCCAUAUGAAUCUGCCCAUUCAUCGUAUUCUCUUUGUGAGAGCUCAGGAAAUUCAAGCAUUAAUGAUCCUCCAGAAAGAACAGCUAUUGAAACUGCAUUUCUUCACAAGAAUGACGAGGUGGAAAAUACAAGUCAUACAAUUGAUGUAAUCCCACAGACAAAUCAUAAACUUCCUUUAGAAGGUGACAAGUGCAAUCCUUACCCACAUGUCCAAUUGAAGUUACAGAAGAGCAAUGAAUCAACUCCCAAAAGAGAAAUGGAGCCUCUGGUAAAAGGAGGUCUGCUAGCAAAUAAGUCUUCUCCAAAUGUAAUGAGAUUUCUUUCACCUGAGGAAAUACAUAGUGCUGAACGUCUUGGAUCCCACAGUCAGGGUAAAUUAAGUCAAAAAUUUAAUGCAGAUGAAGUACAUACAGAAAGUAACAAAAACAUCCAGGAAAGGAAAACUGGAAGAAGUUCAAUAUUCAUUCAAAGAAAACCAACCGAUUUAUCAGAUACCAACCUGAGCAGUGAUUCAGAAGACAUCUCAACCUGUGGUUCUUAUAAUGAUUCACAAAGUGAGGAAUUUCUGAACCAUCGGACUGAAAAUUACAAGGCAUUCAGUACAAGAUUACAUGGAGAGAGAAAAGGAAUUAGACACAGAUGCACUAGAGGAAGUGGAGAUCAAUUUAAACUCAAGAAUUACAAAGAGUUUUCUCAGUCUUGUGCCCUAUGUAGAAAUAAAGUUUCCAGUUUAACUUCUUAUUCACAGAAGAGAAUCUCCACUCAAAAGGCUUAUAGAAAUAAACCACCACACCAACUUGUAAAUAGACUUUCUGAAAGGCAAAACAUAGAGACUGCCAAAACCUGCUAUUCAAGCAUGUAUGAUACAGUUAUCCUUUCACCUCAGUGCCUACCCAGAAAGAAGACUCCUGGAAGCAAAUCAGCAGUCAACAUCAGAAACAGAAACGUGAGCAAUUCCAAUGCAAACAUUAUAAGUUCUACUCUGGAUCAUGCCAUACAGACAGCAAACAGUUUGAAGAAAACUACAGAACGAAUGGUACAAGCAGUUUCAGAAGAUCUAGCUAAAGUUAGAAGCAAACAGCUUUAACUACCCAGUUUGAAAUACUGUAUUCUUUUGCUCUUUGAUAUACAAGUAUAUUUCUACAAAUACAGAGUAAUAAAUACAAAGAUCAGAAAGUCAGCUCGUUCUGUGACCAUUACUACUGGAGUAUAUGAUGGUAUUCCACAUGUUUACAUACAGUCUCAGAAAGUAGAAUCAGUAUGUUGGCCAACCCCUGUUACUGCUCUACAGCUGCCUUCUUUCUCUAAGCAUUCACUUAAGGUAGCUUUAUAAAAACUGUUUUGAAAAAACAAGGUCAGUUUUUAAACCUUUAACUUUUUUUGUUGAAACAUGAGAAUAAGGAUAUCCAUCAUUAUUGCAUAUAUUUUUCUCUCACAUCUUAGCAGCUGCUUAAGUGCACCAGCAAAGGAAACAGUCUCUUCUCAAACAUCUCUGAGCAUCACACUAGUAUAGCGAGUCAUAGUUAACAUAUGUAAUUAAGUGGCACACACAUUGAGAAUGGUUCACAUUUAAGGUAUUUCCUUGCAUGUCUCAAUAACUGAGUAAUACCAGCUGUUGUCCAUGUAUUCCCAAGGGUUAUAUUGCCAGUUUCUCCACUGCAGUAUCCUUACCUUCUCUGACACAUCUGGCAUUGAGAGUUUAGCUAAUGGUAAGUGGGUUGCAAAUUUCUGAAAUACUGCAAAGAUGCAAUAGGCCAAGAAAAAUAAUUACUUGUAUUCUAAAAUCCAGUUAACUGUAGCGAUUAAAAGCAAGCAGAUAGCAAAUAGCCUUGUAUUGGGGAUGCUAUUUGUUAAAGCAAUUCCAAAGUAUUUAGAAACUGACUGAAACUGCCCCUUUAAGGUAGAAGUGAGAAGCAUUUUUAGAAAGAACAGUUUUCCAGAAUCCCUGAGUGGAUAAAUCAAGCAAUGGAUACAGAGAUAACCUAGACUGGCUUCAUACAAGCCAUUAUAGCUGAACUUGCUGCUGCGUACCAUUGAUUUAUAAACUUGAGUCAAUGCUUUUUCAGGGCUCCUCUACACUCUACAUCCAGUAGAUGUUAACCUAACAGUAUCAUUAACCUUUCUUUUCUCCCUUAGGCUCUUACUGCAUAUCCCUAUAACCCAAUUUGCCUCUGCUUAUUAUCUUAAGACUUAGCUUAAGACAAAGGUGCAGAAUAACCAAAGGCUGACUCCCCUAUGCUAGAUUAACGUUUAGAAUGUCCCUGUUACUACUUUGCAUAGUGAACCUAAUAGGACCAUAGCGAACCUGCAGGAUUCGUAGAUCCAAUUAAAAGAAGAAUACAUAGAAAGAUUUCUACGCUGCAAACAGCUGGACCUUUUGUUUAAUCUGGAUCACCAAAACUGUCAUCCUGUGCCUGGACAGCAGAUGCCAAGGGAAGAAUAUAUUUAAAGGGACAAGCACUUAGUAACAUCUCCUCAGAAUACUCUGAGCCUUCAGCAAAUUGCAGCUCAGUCAUUCUGAAUCAACAGCAAUAUAUUUAAUGGCAUGUAAUGAUUCUUCUCUCAUGAGUUUGUCAAAUUGUUUCCACAUGUGCACACACACACCCCUCAUAUAAUUUAAGAGGGGUCAUACUUUGCUGCAGGGUGUCUUAGAUUCUAAAGGUCCUUUUGUUUUGAACCUGACAACCGCAAAUUUCCUUUGUUACUUCAUACACUGAAGAAGAGAGUGUCUACUGCCUCUUCAGUCUCCACGCCAACAUGAUUUUAGAGGCCAUCACCACAUAUCCCUCAGUCACCAUUUUUUCCCCUUCAUCAAGGCUCCCACUUUAGUCAGUCAUACUUCACAUGGAAAUUGUUCCUUACCUUUGAUUGUCCUUUUGGUCAUUUCUGAACCUUUUCCAGAUUUAACCUAAAUAAGAAAUAAAUUGCACUUGGAAAUAUUUGUCUUUAUUGCCUAGGGUAUCACACCAACAUCAUUGCUUAUGUGAAUGUGGGCUUACAUGUACAGGUUAGGUAUCUAUUUUAUUAGAAGAUGCGCAGUAAGAGAAAAACAACUUUCAAAGUUAUGAGAUACCUCUAUGCAUGCACUCUAAAAUGUUAGGUGUUGGAAGGGAGAAGUUUAUCUUAGUACAACUCUGCCAUUAGUAAAACAAUUCUUUAUCUAGAAAAAAAAGUAGCAGAGAAGAUACAGGGGGCAGAGGGGGGAUUUAAGUAAUCUUUACAUUCACUGUACAGAAUUGUAACAAACCAGAACCUAUUUUGGAUUACAUUUUGCUAACUAUCAGAUUUCCUAUCUUAAAAGCAUCUCUAUUAAACCACCUUUAUUAGCAUGUUCGGAUUUGCCCUCUAGAGAAAGAGGGUGAUGGAUUUCAGUAUUAAAAGCUUAGUCUUGUAGUUAUCAGCUGUCAAGUUUUGAGCUGGUGAUAGCACUUAAACCCAAAGCAGACAUUUGGAGAAAGUCUAAAAACUGAAUAUGCAGAAGUAGUCCAACAUUUCUCCAGCUGGUACUUCUCCAACUCUCCAUAAAAAAUUAACAUUGAUACAAUGGGUUUUAUAUAGGAACUGAAACUAGUUAUUUCAAUUUGUAAAUUAUUUUGUCCUGCAUUUAUUGCUUUUAAGCUUUGGGAAUAGGGAAACCAAAUCAGUUUACAGUUAUGUAUAGCUUUUAUACUGAACUUGGGUUCUUCUUGCCAGCAAAGCAUAAUUAUAUACAACUUAAGUAUCAUUGUUUACUACUGAUUCCAAGAUGUACCUCUUCAGUGAGAAAAUACCGAAGAUCACAUUUGUUCAAUAUGUAUUUUACUCUGGAUUUUUAUUUAUUCUUAGAAACUGGAAUUCAAGAAAAACAACAUGUAUAGAUACUUCAAAUAAAAUUAAGAAGUUUUGGUUCACAGGA